AUGACUCCGCGACGCGGCGAGAAAAAUGUAGCGAGGCAAGAGUGGUCAAGUGAUGGCGAGCCUGGAGGCUGUGGGGAAGGCGUCGCGGUGGAUCAUGGCUGCCGCCGCGAUGGGAGUGUUUCGGGGGGAGAUAGCCCGACGAGAGAGGCGGGAAGCCUGCCACUGUCCGCGCCGAGAGACGAGAGCGGUUGGGCGGUUUCUCCACCACUCGAUUGGCGGCAGCGCGGGCAACCACCGACGGGUCGAGCGCAAACUCGGCCGGCAUCGCUCUGGAGGUCUAUGUUUGUGCAUCUGGCCCGCACGAAGUAUGCCGUGAUGCGAUGUGCUUGCUGCGGAAGCUCUCGGCUGGGUGUUGGUUGCGGUCGAGAUAUGACAGAACCAAACAUCUGUGUGACCGAGCAUGAGAUUGCGGCCCAAUGGCGCUCCUGCAGCGGGCAGCCGUGUUGGUGA